CCCCGGCCCGGGGCGACCGAGCGGUUCCGGGAGGCGGGACUGAGCCCGGAGCCCGCCCCGGGUCGUAGCGUCGCGCUGACGUCACGGCGUCACCCGAGCGCCCCCUGGCGGAGGAGCGGGGGGGGGGGCGGACUGCGUUUCCCGUCGGCCCCCGCGGCGGUCACAUGACCGGGGCGGACGGAAGAUGGCGGAGCCUCCCGGCGCCGCGGCCGAGGACUCUUGGGCGAAGGUGGACGCAGCCUACGGCGACAAUGGCCUGGACUCGGCGCUUUUCAUGGAAAAUGCGAGGAAAGGAAGCAUCGUGUCCCGGGCCAACAGCAUCGGCUCCACCAGCGCCUCCUCUGUCCCCAAUACAGACGAUGAGGACAGCGAUUAUCACCAGGAGCCCUACAAGGAGUCGUACAAGGACCGGCGCAGGCGGGCACACACCCAGGCGGAGCAGAAGAGGCGAGAUGCCAUCAAGAAAGGCUACGAUGACUUGCAGGCCAUCGUUCCCACCUGUGAGCAGCAGGAUUUCUCCAUAGGCUGCCAGAAGCUGAGCAAGGCCAUCGUCCUCCAGAAAACCAUUGACUACAUCCAGUUCCUGCACAAGGAAAAGAAGAAGCAAGAGGAGGAAGUUUCUACCCUCAGGAAAGACGUGAUGGCCUUGAAGAUCAUGAAAGUGAACUACGAGCAGAUUGUGAAAGCUCAUCAGGACAACCCGAACGAGGGGAAGGACCAGGUCUCUGACGAGGUGAAGUUCAAUGUUUUCCAAGGCAUCAUGGAUUCCCUGUUCCAGUCCUUUAACGCCUCCAUCUCAGUGACGAGUUUUCAGGAGCUCUCGGCUUGUGUCUUCAGCUGGAUUGAGGAGCACUGUAAGCCCCAGACGCUGCGGGACAUUGUCAUCGGGGUCCUGCACCAACUGAAGAGCCAGCUCUACUGAGCCUUCCCUGCGGCGCCGGGGCACCUCCUGCCUGGGUGAGGGGCCCCAGGAAGGGCCGGGCCGGGCCGUCUCCCGCGGGGCUGUCGGUAAAACUUCUCUGAAUUAUUUAUUGUGCUAACUACGAAACCAAACCGAAGCUGUGCAGACACCUCUGCGCCACGGGUGCUGUCAGUCGCUAUUACCAAAUAUUUGUAGGGACUCAGCAAAGGGGAAAAAAAGAAGUGUGUUUUUGAGGCCUUUGACGGUGACAGAGAGUCGGUAGCUCAGGCAGGGGUGGCGCGGUGGGGGGGUUGCCUGUGCCACUGCCUCUCCGCCGCGGAGCAGAUCUGCUCUGCAACAUCGGGCUGCUGAUACGACCCCUUCUGAUGCCAGGGGAGGGGGAAUGAAACACGAAUGCAUGCUAAAAGGUAUGGUUUCUGCUAAAACAGACUAGGAAUAGGUUUCUCUCCUCGCUGCGGGCUUUCUCAUACCUCCCUCUGAAGCAGCUCUUACGGGGCACGAGUCUUGAGUUGUGUGGCUGCUCUGGGGAAGCCUGGCAGGACUGGCCGAAGGACGAGCCCCUCGCUGCCGGGGACACUCGCUCAGCUCAGCCGCAGCCUCCCCGGCGCGGAGCUGACGGCACGCACCGGGGACUUGCUAAAUAAAACCUGACCCGUUCACUGCAGCCAUAGUCCCCCUGACAGGGAACCGGCCCCGUGCCUUCUGCGCCGGCUUUUCCCGAGCGAGCGCUGCAGCGCCUCAGCCUUCGGCUGCCCGCGGGGUUCGAUGGGGCCGUACCAAACAGGGACGUCGCCCAGGGGCUGUAGCACAGCGCUGCCGCGAGCUCUUGCCGCUCCUCCUUACAGCUUGUAUCUACACACACACAUCUACAUAACCAGCCUUGAUUUGAUUUCAUUUUUGUUUUUAUAAAUCACUGAAAUCACCCUGCAGUAUCGGCAGUGUCGAUUUUGCAGACGGAUGCUCUCGGGGACAGUCACGCAGGCCAGCAGGAUUUGGGCUCGGUAGUCACGGUCGUGCUCCCACUCCAGGGUGGUGGAUAUUUAUUUUUACGCUGUUUUUCCACUGUCGAUGAGGUAGCUCCCAGCUCCAGGUUACGUGGUUUGAACGCUGCAGCACGAGAAUGUUUAAGCUACUGCUUCUACCUGCAUUUAGUAGCAUUAAAAAAACCCCACUUGUGGAGUUGAUUUUUACACAAAAUUAUUCUUCAAGCCCGGGGGUUGGGUGUCCUUUUCAAUGCCAUGCCAUGGAAGCCCCAGAGGAUAACCCUGUGGUGAUGCUCAUCGCCGAUACGGCACGCACAGGGUCAGCCGUGUCUCGCCUGGAAGAUGUUGCUGUGUGAUGAAGAAAAUCCUCUCCCGGGGCUGCGCAGUGGGGCUCCGCGGCUGAACUAGGGGCACAGACUGAGCCCCCGGAGUCGCCUCCUGCCCUGGGAGGAGGACUUGGAGUUUUACAGACCUCACAUGUGAAAGCAACAUAUUUUUCUAUUGUGAAAAGUAAUUAAAUAAAUUCUGCCGAAUGUUUUAA